AUGACCUUUAUGCUGAUGGUAUUUGCCAUUAUCGGGUCACUCGGGUUCGGACAAAUGCACAGGUGCUUGACCUCUCGCAAAACGCAGAUUACUGUCCCUGAUAUUCAGCAAUGGUUUGUGGAUUUGUUCCGGGAGAAAUUUGGCGUGGAUGGAGAUUUUUUUGCCACGCUGGCGAAUGUCUUUAAUCGGUAUAAUUUGGAGCUGCCUGGGGACUCGCUGUUUAAGCCGAAUAUUGUCGAUAAGAACGGUUUGCUGAUUUUGAUGCCGAGUACGCGGGAUACCAUUGUUGUGGCGUCACUGCGCAAGUAA